GACUGUGCCAGAGGAACGGUUUCUGCUCUCGUCGCUUCAGCGUGGAGGCUCGGUUUUGUGCAGUGAAUUGUCGUCGACUCGCGCUGAGACCUUCUGUGCCGUGUACAUGUACCCAGGACAGGGAUCGCGGCGUGGAACGUAGGAGAGCAACAAACAAAGAAUAUGCUGAUAAGAGAAUUGGCGGCCGUGUGGGUCGCCGUCCUCUUGUGCCAUCUUCAGCUAACGGAGUCUCAGGUUCCUACCACAAAUGUCUUCACCUGUCCGAACGGAUGGGAACUGAGAGGCAUACAUUGUUACAAAUUCUUCAACAUCAGGCACUCUUGGGAAAAGGCGGCGGAACUAUGCAGGAGGUACGGCAGCGAAUUGAUGGUGGUGGAGUCGUACAGCGAGAACAACAUGUCCGCGAGCAUGAUCGGCCGGCAUUUGGAUCGUUACUGGCUCGGCCUGGCCUCCCUCGACGAUUUACGGACCAACACGCUCGAAUCGGCCGCUGGAAUGCUCGUCUCCCAAUACGCCGGUUUCUGGGCGUCGAAGCAGCCGAAUCCGCAAUCAGGUGAAUGCGUGGACGUCGCGCUGACGGAUGACCGACAAACGUGGGAGCUGACCACGUGCGAAUCCCUGCUGCCGUUCAUGUGCCGUGCCAACGCUUGUCCAGCUGGCUCUUUCCACUGCUCCAACGGGAAGUGCGUGAACGGAGCGUUCAAGUGUGACAAACAGGACGACUGCGGUGACUUUUCGGACGAGAUAGACUGCCCGACUAAUUGCCAGUUCUAUAUGGCCAGCAGCGGGGACGUCGUCGAGAGUCCUAAUUAUCCGCACAAAUAUGCACCCCUCAGUAACUGCAAGUGGACCUUGGAGGGCCCUCAAGGCCAUAAUAUCCUGUUACAGUUCCAAGAGUUCGAGACAGAGAAGAGCUUCGACAUAGUGCAGAUCCUGGUCGGUGGCAGGACCGAGGAGAAGUCCGUAAACCUGGCAACCCUCUCCGGGAAGCAGGAGCUCAGCAACAAACUGUUCGUGUCCGCCUCGAACUUCAUGAUCAUCAAAUUCAGCACCGACUCCUCCGUGGAGAGAAAAGGCUUCCGUGCUUCCUGGAAGACCGAACCGCAAACCUGCGGUGGGAUUCUUCGAGCAACUCCUCAAGGACAGGUCCUCACCUCGCCGGGAUAUCCUCAGAAUUAUCCCGGUGGAUUAGAGUGCCUGUACAUUCUACAGGCUCAACCUGGUCGCAUAAUGUCGCUCGAGAUCGAGGAUCUGGAUCUCGAGAUGAAUCGAGAUUAUAUUCUAAUUAGAGACGGGGACUCGCCGAUGAGCAGACCGAUAGCUAGGCUGACUGGCAAGUCGGAGGACAACCCGACAGUAAUCAUGUCAACAGGAAGUAACUUGUACCUUUACCUCAAGACUAGCUUAGGCGACUCCAGGAGGGGCUUCAGCAUUAGAUACACUCAGGGCUGCAAGGCUACUAUUAUAGCCAGGAAUGGAACAGUGCAGUCGCCAUCUUUCGGCCUGAACGAUUAUCCUAAUAACCAGGAGUGCUUAUACAGGGUGAAGAAUCCUCAAGGGGGACCUCUAUCCUUGAAGUUCAUCAACUUCAACGUUCAUAAGACUGAUUUCGUGCAGAUAUACGAUGGACCUAAUACCAAUGGCCUCCGCUUGCAUCCUGGGAACGGUUUCACGUCGAAUAUCAGGCCGAAGAUCACCCUGACAGCUGAGAGUGGUGAAAUGCUAGUCAGAUUCACCUCUGAUGCUCUCCACAGCAGCUCCGGUUGGCAAGCAGAGUUCUCAGCAGACUGUCCACAGCUCCUAUCUGGCGAAGGAGCUUUGGCAUCCAGCAGAGAUACAGCUUUCGGGACGACAGUGACGUUCUCGUGCCCACUGGGCCAGGAGUUCGCUACUGGCAAAGCAAAGAUCACUACAGAGUGUCUUCCAAGUGGAAACUGGUCAGUGACGUACAUUCCCAAGUGUCAGGAAGUAUAUUGCGGACCUGUGCCACAGAUUGACAAUGGUUUCUCAAUCGGAUCCUCCAAUGUUACCUAUCGAGGUUUGGCUACCUAUCAGUGCUAUGCUGGAUUCGCGUUUCCAUCUGGCAGACCCACUGAGAAGAUUUCUUGUAUGGCUGAUGGACGAUGGGAGAAGAAGCCAUCUUGUUUGGCCUCUCAGUGUUCUCCACUUCCGGAAGCGCCACACUCGAACAUAACCAUCCUGAACGGAGGUGGACGAAGCUACGGGACUAUCGUUCGAUUUGAAUGCGAGCCAGGCUACGUGAGAAGUGGGCAUCCAGUGAUCCUGUGCAUGAGCAACGGGACCUGGUCAGACGAAGUACCAACUUGUUCCCGUGCAAAGUGUCCAUUACUGCCCACGAUCAAGAACGGUUUCGUAGUGGAUAUGACCAGGGAGUACUUUUAUGGCGACGAAGCCAGAGUGCAGUGUAAUAGGGGCUAUAAGUUGUCAGGAUCCAACAUCAUACAGUGCGGACCUACUCAACGAUUCGACAAUGUGCCUACUUGCGAAGACAUAAACGAGUGUGCAUCCAGCCAAUGUGACCUGGCUUCUACGGAGUGCAUCAACAAUCCAGGUGCAUUUACUUGCAAAUGCAAACCUGGAUUCGCUCCAACCAUGGAAUGCAGGCCUAUAGGGGAUCUUGGGUUGAUCAAUGGCGGAAUCCCUGACGAAUCCAUCACCGUUUCCAGCUCUGAGAACGGAUACACCAAAACUGGUGUUCGAUUGAACAACGGCGACGGAUGGUGUGGCAACAAUAUCGAGCCUGGCACCAACUGGGUGAUGAUCGACAUGAAAGCACCAACGAUCAUUCGCGGUUUCCGGACACAGGUCGUCUCCAGAGUGGAUGGAAACACUGCGUACACUUCAGCAGUGAGAAUCCAAUAUACCGAUGACUUGACAGACAGCUUUAGGGACUACACCAAUCCCGAUGGUACUCCAGUGGAGUUCAGGAUACUAGAACCCACCCUAUCUGUCCUGAACCUGCCAGUCCCCAUCGAAGCACGUUACGUGAGGUUUAGGAUUCAGGAUUACGUUGGGGCACCCUGUAUGAAGCUUGAAAUCAUGGGCUGCACUCGUCUAGAGUGUACAGACGUCAAUGAGUGCGCUACCAACAAUGGUGGCUGUCAUCAGAAGUGUAUAAAUAAUCCUGGCAGCUAUGCCUGCAUGUGCAACACUGGCUACGAGCUGUACAAAGGCAACGGGACAGCUGGUUUCCAUAUAGAGAAGUACGAAACUGGUGAAAGGGACGGUGAUCUGUAUCAGAAGAAUAAGACCUGUGUACCUGUCAUGUGUCCAGCUAUAUUGGCACCAGAGAAUGGAAAGAUAUUGUCAACUAAGCAACAGCAUCACUUUGGAGAUCUCGUGAGGUUCCAGUGCAACUUUGGGUACGUGUUGUCUGGGUCCUCGGCUGUGGUUUGCACGUCCAGUGGAGCUUGGAAUGGCACCACUCCAGAGUGUCAAUAUGCCAAGUGUGUCUCACUGCCAGACGACAAGAACGAGGGAUUAUCAGUGAUACGCAGCGACGAAACGAGCGUCUUGGUGCCAUUCAAACAGAACGUCACGCUAAAAUGUGGUAGCAAUGGGAGAUACUUGAGGAAUACAGCUACCUCAGACUUCCGUCAAUGUGUCUACGACCCUCAACCAGGUCUGCCAGACUACUGGCUAUCAGGAUUUCAACCAGCCUGUCCUAGGGCUGACUGUGGCAAACCUCUGCCAACUCCUGGAGCAGAGUAUGGCCAAUAUCUAGACACGAAAUACCAGUCUUCCUUCUUCUUCGGUUGCCAAGAUACUUUCAAGCUAGCUGGCCAGACGAAUCGUCACGAUAAUGUGGUUAGGUGUCAAGCUAAUGGAAUCUGGGACUUUGGAAACCUCCGAUGCGAAGGACCUGUUUGCGAAGAUCCUGGCAGACCUAGCGAUGGCUUCCAAGUGGCGAGGAGCUACGAACAGGGGUCCGAAGUGCAAUUCGGUUGCAGCAGACCAGGAUACAUCCUGAUAAAUCCUAGGCCUAUUGUCUGCGUGAGAGAACCGGAAUGUAAGGUCGUGAAGCCUCUCGGCCUGGCUUCUGGUCGUAUUCCAGACUCAGCAAUCAAUGCAACAUCAGAAAAGCCGAAUUACGAGGCUAAGAACGUUCGUCUGAACUCGGUGACUGGCUGGUGCGGCAAGCAAGAGGCCUUCACUUAUGUCAGUGUCGAUUUAGGCCACGUUUACAGGGUGAAGGCAAUUUUGGUUAAGGGUGUGGUGACAAACGAUGUGGUUGGUAGGCCAACAGAGAUCAGGUUCUUCUACAAGCAGGCUGAGAUCGAGAAUUACGUGGUCUAUUUCCCUAAUUUCAAUCUGACUAUGAGGGAUCCUGGGAACUACGGCGAAUUAGCGAUGAUCACUUUGCCUAAAUACGUCCAAGCUCGCUUUGUGAUCCUUGGAAUAGUCAGUUACAUGGAUAACGCUUGCUUGAAAUUCGAACUGAUGGGCUGCGAGGAACCAGUCGCGGAACCAUUGCUAGGUUACGACUAUGGAUUCUCUCCCUGUGUGGAUAACGAGCCCCCAGUAUUCCAAAACUGCCCUCAACAGCCAAUUGUCGUUCAGAAGGGAACAGAUGGAGGAUUAUUACCCGUGAAUUUCACUGAACCAACAGCUAUUGACAACAGUGGAAGCAUUGCUAGAUUGGAAGUGAAACCUCAUAGCUUUAGGACACCUUUGAGAGUAUUUGAGGAUACCGUGGUGAAAUACGUGGCAUUCGAUUACGAUGGAAACGUUGCCAUUUGCGAGAUCAACAUAACCGUACCUGAUGUAACACCACCGAAACUCAGCUGCCCCCAGAGCUACGUCAUAGAGCUGAUAGAUAAGCAAGAGAGUUAUUCUGUAAACUUCAAUGAAACUCGCAGAAGAAUCAACGCUACUGACGCUUCUGGGCCAGUCAAGAUCACGUUCGUCCCUGAACGAGCACUGAUCCCAAUCGGAGGCUUUGAAAACGUGACUGUCUAUGCAACAGAUUCCAGUGGAAACAGAGCAUCCUGUCAUUUCCAAGUGUCUGUCCAAGCAACACCCUGCGUUGAUUGGGAGCUGAAGCCGCCGGCUAAUGGAGGAUUGAAAUGCGUCCCUGGUGACAAAGGUCUCCAAUGCAUCGCCACUUGCAAGAACGGCUUCCGAUUCACCGAUGGUGCACCAGUGAAGACGUUCACCUGUGACGUUGCUAAACACUGGUCUCCCACCUCCGUCGUUCCAGAUUGUGUCUCGGAAAAUACACAGCAGGCGAACUAUCACGUGGUAGCGGCAGUGACUUAUAGAGCCAAUGGGGCUGUUUCGAGGUCCUGUCUACCACAGUACCAGGAUCUCAUGUCCCAAUAUUAUAUGAAUCUGAAUAACAUUUUGACACAACGUUGCUCUGCUGUGAAUGUUAACAUGAACGUGUCAUUUGUGAGAUCAGUGCCGUAUCUAAUCGAAGAAAAUGUUUUGAAGAUGGACUUCAUUCUCGUCAUCGUACCAGCCAUUCGUCAGCCUCAACUGUACGACCUCUGUGGUUCUACGCUGAAUCUGAUCUUUGACCUGUCAGUCCCAUCCACUAGUGCUGUAAUAGAGCCUCUGUUGAAUGUCUCUGCUAUAGGGAACCAAUGUCCACCUCUCAGGGCUCUAAAGUCGUCCAUCACUCGAGGCUUCACUUGCAGCAUUGGUGAAGUUUUGAAUAUGGAUACCAAUGACGUGCCACGAUGCUUGCACUGUCCAGCUGGUACAUUUGCGGGAGAGAAGCAGAAGCAAUGUACAUCCUGUCCUAAAGGCUUCUACCAGAACAGCGAUCGCCAAGGAUCCUGUUUACGUUGUCCAUUCGGCACAUACACUCGAGAAGAGGGUUCCAAGAGCAUAGACGAUUGUAUACCGGUUUGUGGAUAUGGCACAUACUCGCCCACGGGUCUAGUACCCUGUCUGGAAUGUCCCAGGAACAGCUACACAGGGGAACCCCCAGUAGGUGGCUACAAAGACUGCCAGACAUGUCCAGCAGGCACCUUCACCUAUCAACCAGCUGCACCAGGUCGAGAUCGCUGCAGAGCUAAGUGUUCACCUGGAAUGUACUCUGACACAGGACUGGCUCCCUGUGCCCAGUGUCCUAAGGACUUCUUCCAACCCCAACACGGGGCCACCACUUGUGUCGAGUGUCCCACGAAUAUGUAUACCGAUGGACCAGGUGCACUUGGACGAGAGGAAUGCAAACCUGUUCAGUGCACCGACAGCGUCUGUCAACAUGGGGGCUUGUGUGUGCCCAUGGGACACGGUGUUCAGUGUCUCUGUCCAGCUGGGUUCUCUGGUAGACGCUGUGAGAUUGAUAUCGACGAAUGUGCCUCUCAACCUUGCUACAACGGGGCUACUUGCAUAGAUCUGCCGCAGGGUUACAGGUGUCAGUGUGCCAAUGGAUAUUCGGGAGUUAAUUGUCAGGAAGAGAAGUCGGAUUGUUCCAAUGACACGUGUCCUGAGAGGGCUAUGUGCAAGGACGAGCCUGGGUUCAAUAAUUACACGUGUCUCUGUCGGUCUGGGUACACUGGAGUCGACUGUGACAUCACGAUAAACCCAUGCACAGCAAGUGGCAAUCCAUGCAACAACGGCGCCACCUGUGUAGCUCUCCAACAAGGCAGAUACAAGUGCGACUGCCUACCAGGUUGGGAGGGCCAGAGUUGCGAGAUCAACACCGACGACUGUGCCGAGAAACCCUGCCUAUUAGGUGCCAACUGCACAGACCUAAUAGCCGACUUCAGCUGUGACUGUCCCCCAGGAUUCACAGGCAAACGGUGCCAUGAGAAGAUAGACUUGUGCUCGGGAAAUCCUUGCUUGAAUGGAAUAUGCGUGGACAACUUAUUCAGCCACGAGUGCAUCUGUCAUCCAGGAUGGGCAGGUACGGCGUGUGAAACGAACAUCAACGAGUGUGCCUCUAAACCCUGCAGGAACAACGGCCAGUGCAUCGACCAAGUCGAUGGAUACACCUGUACCUGCGAACCAGGCUACACAGGCAAACAGUGUCAGCAUACCAUCGACGACUGUGCUUCUGAGCCUUGCCAGAAUGGAGGCACCUGCGUGGAUCAACUAGAGGGAUUUGUUUGCAAGUGCAGACCAGGCUUCGUUGGACUGCAAUGCGAAGCAGAAUUAGACGAAUGUCUCAGUGAUCCAUGCAGCCCAGUGGGAACUGAUCGCUGCGUCGAUUUGGAUAACACUUUCGUGUGCCACUGUCGCGAGGGCUACACUGGGUCCUCCUGCGAGAUCAAUAUCGACGACUGUGUAUCUGGUCCUUGUCUAAAUGGUGCCACGUGCAGGGACGAAGUUGGAGGCUUCAAGUGCAUGUGUCCUGACGGCUGGACCGGGGUUCAUUGCGAAGUGGACGUUGGAAUGUGCCAGAAUCAUCCUUGUCAGAACGAUGCAGCCUGUGUGGAUUUGUUCAUGGACUACUUCUGCGUAUGUCCAUCAGGCACGGAUGGAAAACAGUGUGAGACUGCACCAGAACGUUGCAUUGGAAAUCCUUGCAUGCAUAAUGGUCGUUGUCAGGACUUUGGCUCAGGACUCAACUGUACCUGUCCCGAUGACUAUACCGGAAUCGGGUGUCAGUACGAGUACGAUGCUUGCCAAGCUGGUGCUUGCAAGAAUGGUGCCACAUGUAUCGACGAAGGUCCAGGAUUCACUUGUAUAUGUCCAUCAGGAUACACAGGCCAAACGUGUGAGGAUGAUAUCAUCGACUGCAAAGAGAAUUCGUGCCCACCAUCAGCAACCUGUAUCGAUCUCACUGGCAAAUUCUUCUGCCAGUGUCCUUUCAAUUUAACUGGUGACGAUUGCAGGAAGUCCAUCCAGGUGGAUUACGACUUGUACUUCAGUGAUCCAGGGCGCAGUAGUGCGGCCCAAGUGAUUCCAUUCUUCACUGGGGCCAGGAAGAGCCUAACAGUGGCUAUGUGGGUGCAGUAUACUCAGAAAGAUGAAGCUGGAAUAUUCUUCACCCUUUAUACAGUCAGCUCCCCACACGUCCCGAUGAAUCGAAGGCUCAUGAUCCAAGCACACAGCAAUGGCGUGCAAGUGUCAUUGUUCCACGAUUUGCAGGACGUUUAUCUCCCAUUCAGGGAAUACGCGACGAUCAAUGAUGGCCAAUGGCAUCACGUAGCUGUAGUUUGGAACGGUGACAAUGGUGGCGAAUUGGUCCUGAUAACAGAGGGUCUGAUUGCCAGCAAGACAGAGGGAUAUGGCAGUGGAAGAUCUCUGCCUGCCUAUGCCUGGGCAGUACUAGGCAAACCACAAAGUGAAAACACCAAAGGCUACACGGAAGCAGGCUUCCAGGGCCACCUGACUAAGGUCCAGAUCUGGAGCAGAGCCUUGCACGUGACAAACGAGAUCCAAAAACAAGUUCGCGAUUGUCGCACCGAACCUGUCCUCUAUCAAGGCUUAGUGCUAACCUGGGCAGGCUACGACGAAACAGUCGGUGGAGUAGAGAGAGUAGUACCUUCGCACUGUGGGCAAAGAGUAUGUCCACCUGGCUAUGGCGGUAGCAAGUGUCAGCAAUUGGAGUCUGACAAAAUUCCACCGAAAGUGGAACACUGUCCAGGUGAUCUCUGGGUGAUCGCGAAGAAUGGCUCUGCUAUAGUUAGCUGGGAUGAGCCACGAUUCGUGGACAAUGUUGGUAUAGUGAAGGUCCAGGAGAAGAAUGGACAUAGGUCGGGGCAGACGUUAAUGUGGGGAAUAUACGACAUCAGUUACGUAGCCUAUGAUCAGGCUGGAAAUUCUGCUAGCUGCAACUUCAAGGUCUACGUACUAGCCGACUUCUGCCCAGAAUUGGCAGAUCCAAUUGGAGGCACCCAGCAGUGCAAAGACUGGGGCUCUGGUGGCCAAUUCAAGGUCUGUGAAAUAUUCUGCAACUCUGGACUGAGGUUCUCUCAAGAAGUUCCAAAGUUCUACACCUGUGGCGCUGAAGGCUUCUGGAGGCCUACCAAUGACCCAUCUCUUCCUCUCAUCUAUCCAGCUUGUACAAGUGCCACACCAGCUCAGCGCGUAUUCAGAAUCAGGAUGAACUUCCCGACAUCGGUGCUCUGCAACGAAGCUGGCCAAGGAGUGCUGAAGAAGAAGGUUCGCGACGCCGUGAACUCUCUAAACAGAGACUGGAACUUCUGCUCGUACUCGUUCGAAGGAACUCGAGAAUGCAAAGACUUGCACAUCGACGUCCAAUGCGAUCAUCGUGUUCGAACCACCAGAGAAACGAACGAGGAAGACGGUGGAACGUACAUAAUUUCCGCAGUAGUACCUGCUGAAAGCACGAGACAAGCGCGGCAAGGAAGCGAUACCUACGAGGUGGAGAUCUCGUUCCCGGCGAUAAACGACCCGAUCUUGAACGCGAACUCGAAUGAGAGAGCGACUGUUCAAACACUGUUGGAGAGAUUGAUCCUGGAAGAAGAUCAGUUCGACGUUCACGACAUUCUGCCUAAUACCGUGCCAGACCCAGCGUCCCUCAUCCUGGAGUCCGACUACGACUGCCCAGUGGGCCAAGUGGUUAUGGCACCAGAUUGCGUGCCCUGUGCCGUGGGAACGUUCUACGACGAAGAAACGAAGCAGUGUUUCUCCUGUCCUGUCGGAAGCUACCAAAGCGAGUCAGGCCAACUGAAGUGCAGUUCCUGUCCCGUGAUAGCUGGACGUCCUAGCGUGACAGUGGGACCAGGUGCUCGGAGUGCAGCGGAUUGCAAGGAACGUUGUCCAGCGGGAAAGUAUUACGACGACAUGGCCGGCCUCUGCCGAAGCUGUGGCCACGGAUUCUAUCAGCCUAACGAGGGCAGCUUCUCCUGCUUGUUGUGUGGCCUGGGAAAAACAACGAGAACGGCCGAAGCCGUGUCUCGGGAGGAAUGCAGGGACGAAUGCGGGUCCGGACAGCAAUUGGCCGUGGAAGGAAAGUGCGAGCCUUGUCCGAGAGGAAGUUACAGGACUCAGGGAGUCCAAGCUGCCUGUCAGCCUUGCCCUGUCGGCAGGACGACGCCAAAUAUGGGCUCCGCAGCGAUCGAAGAGUGUUCCUUGCCUGUGUGCGAGCCGGGAACCUAUCUGAAUGGAACACUGAACGAGUGUAUGGAGUGCAAGAAGGGAACGUAUCAGUCGGAGCCUCAGCAGACCUUCUGCAUACCUUGCCCUCCUAAUACCAGCACCAAAGGAAUGUCUGCGACCAGCAAAGCGGACUGCACGAAUCCAUGCGAGACGAGCGACGCGGAAAUGCACUGCGAUGCAAACGCAUACUGCCUUUUGAUACCGGAAACAAGCGACUUCAAAUGCGAGUGCAAACCAGGGUACAACGGAACCGGAACCGAGUGCACGGAUGUCUGCAUGGGCUACUGCGACAACGAAGGAGUGUGUCUGAAAGAUUCGCGAGGGCAGCCAUCUUGCAGAUGCAGCGGGAGCUUUACUGGAAAACGAUGCACCGAGAAAUCUGAAUUCUUCUACAUCACUGGUGGCAUCGCUGGUGGAGUUAUUCUGAUCAUCUUCGUCGUGCUUCUUGUAUGGAUGAUCUGUGUCAGAGCUUCGAGGAAAAAGGAACCUAAAAAGAUGCUCACCCCAGCAACCGACCAAAACGGUUCGCAAGUGAACUUCUAUUAUGGCGCGCCCACACCAUACGCGGAAUCCAUCGCGCCGUCCCACCAUAGUACCUACGCUCACUAUUACGACGACGAGGAGGACGGCUGGGAAAUGCCCAACUUUUACAACGAGACCUACAUGAAAGAGAGCCUGCACAACGGCAAGAUGAACAGUCUCGCUCGUUCCAACGCCAGUAUCUACGGCACCAAGGACGACCUCUACGACAGACUGAAGCGCCACGCGUAUCCUGGUAAGAAAGACAAAAGCGACAGUGAUAGUGAGGGCCAGUGACCACGACGGGUAACCAACGUUCUACCAUGGUAGAACACGAAGAAGGAAGAAGAAUUAUCGACGUCCCUGUUACGCACACCAGAUGGAGAUGUCGCCCCAUCGUCGAGACCGAUUUAUUUAUUAUACCCAGACGAGGAUUGUACCCGUGGGCGUGUUCGAGGUUUCGUCGUUGGAAGAAAGUCGAAUCGAACUCGCGAUACGUCCCCGAAUGUUCAUUCGCGCCUAACGUGUACAACGAUACGAAGUGACGUUGCGUUGAUCGAUUUGAUCCAGAGACGAUCGAGUCCUGGAACGACGAUCCGUCCGUCAAAGUAGGAUCGUUGUUUCGGCACCCGUACCAUCGAUCAGCGAGAUCGAGAAACGUUCGCGACGACAAGACUACAUAAAAGCGUGACGUUGUAAUUUUUUGUAAUUUAUAAUACCACCUAGCCUAGUUAAGGACUAUCAUUUUCUAUCGAUUAACUUUCCCACGUCUUUCUCUCUGUCUGUCUCCUACGAUUAACGUGGUGCGAACGAGAGGAGCAAGUGUGUGCAUGUAUGUUAAUAUAACUUCCCCCACUCUCUUUCUCCCUCUUAUACAUAAGCGAAUUUAUAUUUUGUUACUAUAGAUAUACGUGUAUCACACUCGCUGUAAUAUAAAACGUUGUGUGUAGGCGACUCGAGCGGAUUAACGGGGGAAAAAUCAAAAAAAUGAAAGGAAAGAAAGAGAAAGGAAAGAUAAGAAAAGACGAGGAAGAAAGGAAAAGAAAGAGAAUCGCACGAUCGUGAGAAUGGAUCGAGAAUGUACAUUGAA